CAAAACCAGAAGUGUGCAUUCCAGAAAGCCCAGGGUGUGCUCAAACCAAAAAUAUUGUACGAAAAUACACAAUAAACCUUGGUUUUGCUCUUUUGACCCCACUGUAAUUUAUUCUCUGCACAACAGCAAAUGAGGAUGUGAGGACAAACACCUUCCAAAGAUCACCUUGUGUCAAAUGACAAUUCCCAGUAUUCUUUGCAAAAAGUCAGAACAGUUACACUGGUUUAAAAUAUACAUUUGUGAGUCUUAACCCAAGGAAUAUUUAGGUAUAGUCUUAAAACAUAACCUUAUAUAUGUACGCUCAGAGGUAAAUUCCACUUAGCUUGGAAUUCAGAGACAUAGCUGUGUAAAAACAAGCUCACUACUGAAGACAUUUAUACUGGAGACUGAGUUAUGGAUGUCACAGAGCAGACGGAGGCAGUAACAGCAGUAUUGUCUGGAAAGCAACGAUUCUUUAAAGCAGCCUCAACAAUUGCUCAUCUCUGCGGACUAGUAUUGAAAGGGAAAAGGUAUAUUGGAAGGAGUCCAGUAGUGCAAUGGGCCACAUUUUACCUGCAGGGGCAGAUAAAUGUCAGACGUGAUCUCUUAUUCAACAUCAGUGAUUAUUCUAAAAAACAUUUUCAGAAGAAAAGUUUUGGGAAACUUAAGCGUCUGCUACGAAUCUGUCCAGAACAAAGAAUACAGCAAGACAUCCUGCAGAUUCAAGCAUGCUUGAAGACAAACAGGGCUUUUCAAUGCUUGCCCAGCAAAACACAACGCCAGCUGUGCCAAGUCAUCAUCUAUCAAAAAUAUGAAGCUGGAACAGUUAUUAUAAAGCAAGGACAUGUGGCAACAGAAUGUUAUUUAGUAUUGUCUGGUAAACUAAAAUUCAUGAUGGCCAAUGAAAAUGAAAAAGACAAGAUUUCCACCUCUGAAACAUUAUGUGAAGCAGAAGGAGGAGACUUCAUAGGGGAAAUGUGUCUGUUGACUAAUACAAGACGUCCCAGCUCAGUUAUAUGCAAAUCCGAUGCAGAACUUGUUGUGAUAGGAAAAGAGGACUUUAAACGUAUUCUAGCCAACAUAAGAUAUGAACAACACCAUGCAAUGUGUCAGUUUUUAAGAAAACAUCUGCUAUUCUCUACAUGGCCACAAGGAAAAAUAGACUUUCUUAUUCAGUGCUCUCUUUGGAGAUUUCACAGGGCAGGUACAGCUGUUGUAACUGACAGCCUGAAUUCUUGUUUUCUCAUUAUUGUCCACUCAGGUCGUUGCAUGGAGGUCGCAAAGCUAGAAUCGGAGACAACAUGCACUCAGAAUGCCACAUGGAAAAGGACACCUCACUACAAGUCUGAAAAACAGAAGCUACAGGAAGCUUCAUUAACUCCACAGUUCCUGAAAAUUAGGACUCUUGAACAAAGUGAUAUUUUUGGAUUGGCAGACAUAAUGGAUAAAGAUGGUACCCUUCAGCUAAGUUUGAUCAGUGAAGGUGCAACAUGCAUAUUUAUUCCCAAAAGACUUUUUCUAGAAGCAGCACCUGCAAAAUCGAGGCUGAUAGCACUAGAAAUGCUGAGCAGGUAUCCCACAAAGAGGACCAUCCAGGAAAGCUACAAUAUGCAACAAGCAUGGAGCACUUACAGAACCAAACUUAUUGGAUUACAUCUUGAAAAGCAUGCUAGGCCAGGUUUAGCAAGUAUUGGUGGCUGGUAGGUAUGCUUGGUAGACCACCACUAGUUUCUGCAUGGAUAAGAAAUACUGAUUUAUUUUUGAACAUAGUUAUUCACAGUACAAUUCAGCCCCUUUUAUAUUUUGUAUGGUGGUUCUGUGUUUGUCAUUGAUUUGUUUUACCUUAUUUUUUCUGCUUGAGAUACUGGUCAAAACACAUUAUACAAAGUCAUUCAAUUGCAUUAAAUAUAUAUAAGCAAAGAACGUCUUGGGAGCAGUGAACUCUUCCUCACUCAGGAGAUUUGUGAGUUCUUUGACUAGAUCCAAAAUGAUGGGAGGGAUGAGGCACAGGGCAGGCUUAUUGAUUAUGAAAGACAAGAAAGUUUGGCAUGCAUGUUUUAGGUGCUACCACAGUAGUUUGACCUGUUCAAGACAUGAUUAGGAAUACUAUUAUUGGCUUAGUAGAAAAUUCAUUGGUUGCUGUGUGGGAAUGAUGGUAACCAAUAUGCUUGCUCAGAAUGCUCUCCAAGUGCAAACUCUUGAUAAGCAACUUCAGGUGCCAUGUUGCUCUCUUGUGCUUCUUUAAAGAAAUGUUGACCAAACAGCUCUCCAAACAGAGGAUUGUUCUUUGUACGGUAUAUUACAGCACAUUAGUGGUUAUGUAGCAAUUUAAUUGUCAUGAAUCCUCUAUUUUUAUCUUUUUGAGGGGUUUGAGAAUAUUCUCUGCUAUAAUUCCCUCAAUUUGAAUACUGUCAUGAGCCCACAGGCCAAUCGGAUAUGUGUGAACAACAUUCAAUGGGAGCUCUUACUUGAGAGAGAAUCAAGUUUAAUCAGCAUCCAGCUCAGAAAUGAUACAGGAACAUAUAUAAAUGCUUAAAUAUACAAAGACAUUGGCUCUUAAACUGAAUAUAGAGCUCUGAAAGAUUAAUUUUAGGAACAACAAUCCACAGGAUCCCACAGUGGCUGCAGUGGCUGAGGGUUUGUGGGGUCUGGAGUCCCCAAAAGUAACUUUUCCAAGCACUUUAGCAUAUGUGGUAGCUUUCUCCUCUGCCUCUUUGCAGAAACCUUUAAUUUGAGUGAUUAUUUGUGUGACAUUUUGCUGGCUUUCCCCAAUAUGUAGGUUUGGAUGCCUGUUUCCCUUGUGCAUAGUUAUUGAAUUUCCUCCAAAAGUGAAGUCCUGGGUCUGGGAUUAUUGUUGUUGUUCAAAGACUCUCACCCCCGGCCCAGAUUUUGUUACCCACUGACUCACAGUGUUGUGGCCCUAAUACUAAAUUGUGAAUCUGUUUCCGUAAUUUAUAAUGCUUCCAGGACACAUUCUCUGACCAAUUAGCUCCAUCUGGAGAGUCACUAUUCAUAAUUUCGCUUCCCAUUUUCCCCCUUUAAAAUUUGAUCAAAAUAUAAAUAUAGUAAUUUAAAAGGUUACGUUUUAAACAAUCCUCGUUAGAUGGCCUUUCUGUUCUAUCUGGUAAAUAAUAUGCUGCAUUUUAUCAACAGCUGCUUGAUGUCUUCUGGGUUUAUCAAACAUGUUUCAUAAUUGGUGAUAAAAGGGAAAAAGGGGGAAUUGUAAAAAUUACCAAUGGCAAAAACAUACAAUUACUGUUAUAAAUAUAUAUUGCUAUGAAUAUAAUUAAACAUAUUAUAUUUAUGGUAGUAUACUUUCUAAAUAAAUUAAAACUUUUAUCUCAAAUAUGGA